UAGUGCUCACAGAAGUUCGGCGAUAUUCCGAGAUCAGAUCAGAGAGGAAUUGCCGUCAAAAGGUUUUUUUUAAAUGGAUUUCCGUCGUGUUACUUUUUAUUCUUUGUUUUUGUAUCUAUUUAUUAACCAUAUAUGUAUUACUCUUCACGCGAAAGAACAGGUGCUGCUGGAUAUGAAAGCUUCAGGAGGCGAGUUGGGAUGGUUGACCUGGCCAUAUGAAGAAGGGUGGGAGAUAGUCCAGACAGUGGUGAAUGGCUCCCUCCUCUACACUUACAGUGUGUGUAACAUCGACGCGGGUGAGCAGGACAACUGGCUCCGAACCACCUUCAUCCAGGGGCGCCCAGGGACCACCCGCAUCUCUGUGGAGCUGCACUUCGUUGUGCGGGACUGCAACACCUUCGACGGCGCCUCGCUCGCCUGCAAAGAGACCUUCAACCUGCACAUGUUCGAGGCCGAUGCCGACGUGGGCACCAGCUUCCAUAAGGGCCAGUUCCGCAAAGUGGCCACCAUCGCGUCGGACGAAAUCACGCGGGGCCGCGGUGUGCUGAAGGUAAACGUGGAGACACGGACAAUGGGCCCUCUAUCCAGGAAGGGCUUCUACCUGGCCUUCCAGGACAUGGGAGCGUGUGUGGCACUGCUCUCUGUGAGGGUGUACUACAAGACUUGUCCGUCCACCGUGCAGAGCCUGGCCGCCUUCCCAGAGACGGUAACAGAUGCCCUGAGGGAGGUGGAGGGAACAUGUGUGCAGAACGCCAUGAGCCAGGCCACCCCACGCAUCUACUGCACCGCUGAGGGAGAGUGGGUGGUGCCCGUGGGACAGUGCCAAUGCCGCGGAGGCUAUGAAGUUGUUGGAGACUCCUGCCAAGCAUGUACGCCAGGCUCCUUUAAAGACUCUAUGUCCAGUGAGUCCUGUGAGGUUUGUCCUGAGAAUACUGAGCCAUCCACAGCCGGCGCCCUCCUGUGUCCAUGUAUGGAGGGAUUCUACCGCUCCCCAUCAGACCCUCUUAUGUCAGCCUGCUCUGCCCCACCCAGCGCCCCUCGUGACCUGGCCUCCACCACUCUGUCAGCGGACGGCAGGCUGCAGCUGUCCUGGAGCCCCCCACUGGUGACAGGAGGCCGCCGGGACAUCUGCUACAGCGUGGUGUGUGAGCGCUGCACCGGGGCCCUGUGUGUGCCCUGUGGGGAGAAGGUCCGCUUCCAGCCCGACCCCACGGACCUCCAGGACACUGUGGUGACUGUCAGCCAGUUGGAGCCCCACCUCAACUACACGUUCACUGUAGAGGCCCGCAGCGGAGUGUCUCAGUACAGCAGCCAGAGACCCAGCAGCACCAUCACCACCUCUCUGCACUUCACUGAUCCCCCCAAGGUGACAUCCAUCCGUCUGGACGAGCGGAGCCCCACCAGCCUGUCUCUGUCCUGGGCUUUGUCCAGCCGAGCACCAUCCCAUAUCACCCACCGCUACGAACUCAUGUACCGCAGGAAGGCAAGACAGACAACUACACUCCUCCCUCUCUCUUCUCUCCAUGAGGACGACAGUGAGCGUGAUGUCACUGCAUACACAGUCCUGGUUUUGGACAAGAGUACGGUGCAGAUCAGUGACCUCUCCCCUGACACGGCCUACGUGUUCAGAGUCCAGGCUCUCAGCCCUGAGGGAAACCCAGGGGGAUACAGUAUGAAGCAUGAGUUCAAAACCUUGCCCAUUGCAGAGUCUCAGGUCCAGAACUACACAGGGGUUAUGGGAGCUGUAGUAGGAGGAGGAAUCAUGCUGCUCGUCGUUGUAGUCCUUCUACUGCUGCACAAACGGAGAAUGAACUACCGUCAUAGACAGGGAUCAGAGGACCCCUACUUCUUCAGCACAGAUCAACUGAAGCCCCUGAAGACCUACGUUGACCCACACAUGUACGAGGACCCCAACACGGCUAUCCUGAAGUUUGCCAGCGAGAUUCAUCCCAGUCUUGUCACUAAGCAAAAAGCCAUCGGAGCAGGAGAGUUUGGGGAAGUGUACCGUGGUGUGAUGAAGGCUCCAAGGAGAGGAGAGGUAGCGGUAGCCAUCAAGACAUUGAAGCCAGGCUACACAGAGAAGCAGAAGCAGGAUUUCCUGAGUGAAGCUAGCAUCAUGGGCCAGUUCUCCCACCAGAACAUCAUCCGCCUGGAGGGAGUCAUCACCAAGUCAGUCAAGCAUGCCAUGAUUGUGACAGAAUACAUGGAGAAUGGAGCGCUUGACAACUAUCUAAAGGACCAUGAUGGGGAGAUGUCAUCGUACCAGCUGGUGGGCAUGCUGCGUGGCAUCGCGGCCGGCAUGAAGUACCUCUCUGACAUGAGCUAUGUUCACCGAGACCUGGCUGCCCGCAACGUUCUGGUCAACAGCAACCUGGAGUGCAAGGUGUCUGACUUCGGCCUGUCCCGCGUGCUGGAAGACGAUCCUGAGGGCACCUACACCACCAGUGGAGGGAAGAUCCCCAUCCGCUGGACCGCCCCAGAGGCUAUCGCCUACAGGAAGUUCACCUCGGCCAGCGACGUGUGGAGCUUCGGCAUAGUCAUGUGGGAAGUCAUGGCCUUCGGAGAACGACCCUACUGGGACAUGAGCAACCAUGAGGUGAUGAAGGCCAUUAACGAGGCCUUCCGGCUGCCUGCACCCAUGGACUGUCCAUCCACCGUUUACCAGCUGAUGCUGCAGUGUUGGCUGCAGGACCGCUCCAAACGACCUCGCUUCCCAGACAUCGUCAACAUCCUGGACAAACUUCUCCGGAGCCCAGAAUCUCUGAAAACCAUUGCUCACUUUGAUCCCCGUGUGUCCAUCCGCCUCCCCAGCACCAGUGGCUGUGACGGCUCCCCCUUCAGGUCUGUGCCGGAAUGGCUGGAGUCCAUCAAGAUGAGCCAGUACACUGAGAGCUUUGCCUGCGCUGGAAUCACAACCAUGGAUCAGGUGCUAUCCAUGAGUCAUGAGGACAUCAGGAACAUUGGCGUGCGGUUACCAGGUCACAUGAAGAGAAUCGCCUACAGCAUCGUUGGACUUAAAGACCAGACCAGCUCACUCAGUGUUUGCAGUACAGUGUUUGCAGUGUGAGACCCCCAACCUGAGAUUCCCCAAAAUAGGACUGCACUGACCACCUUAUUUCACUGUCACAUUGAAUAGGGAAAUGGAACAAGUUGGGUUGAACAUGUACUAAUAAUGGCUGAGCCACGCUGCUUUAGACUGGUCAGUGGCAUGACUGAAGAGGACCUUGCCUGCCAGCCACUCAGAAAAGACUGGCAUGUAAAACCUCCAUGAAGAACAUGUCAGUUACAUGUCAGUCCUCCAUGAAGAUCUCCAUGACAAGAGACGCUGAGAGAUGGUUAAAGGAGAAGUAAUGCAUCAUAUAUAAAUAACUUUUUAUAUUAUCAAGUAUGGAAAUAUAAUGGCAGAUAGGAAACGACAGGCUUUGGAGGAAGCUGUAUGAGACCUGAGACUUUUUUUCUCAAAUGGAAGUCUGAAAAACAAAAGACAUUCAAGCUAAGGCACUCCAGGACUGGGUCUACCUCCUCCUCAAGCACUCACUUAUUCCUCUAGUCACUUCUUUACUUAUUCGUUUCAUAAAGAUUUGAGGCUUUGACGUAACAGAUAGAUAGAUGAGAAUGCCAGUCUACUCAAAUGACAGGUUUAUUGGUCUUCUGAAUUAUUCCACUCAGGUCAAGAGAUCAAAUACCUUUUCUUUCUUUUUGAUUUUGUAGGUUCCAUCCUGUCUGCAAUCCACCUCAUAUACUUUUCUCUCAUACAUUUUGAAAUAGUAUUUUUCUUUAGUUUACAGUUCAUCUCCAUCUACUCUUAGUGGUUCUUCCAUUAUUUAAUAUUUAUUUUAGAUUUUAUAUUUAUUGUAUUUUUUAAAUUAAAGACACUGCUCUGGCACAUUUUUAGAAAUAUAGUUUUCUGUUUCAAUAAAAUCAUUGUUUCCUUGUAGCAAUCACUUGUCUGAAUUCAAUCAACCAGCAGAAAAUAAUAUCAACUACUGUACAUUACAUUGUAGUUAUACUAUUUAUACACUGGAUUCUCGACAUAGCUCACUGUAAUAUCUACUGCUGUACAUAUCAUUCUAGGUAUAUAUAUUUUGUGUAAAUAUGCAUAGAUUGCAUUAGGAUUACUAAUUUAAUGUUAUUUGGGUUCACUGGAUUCGUUCUGAUAUUUAUGAUUUCUUGUUUCUGAUGAUUAUUUGUGUGCUUGUUUGACUUUUUGCAUUGUUAAGGAGCUAGAAACAAGCAUUUCAGCACAUGAAACAUUUCGAUUUGAUAAAAAAUACAGGCAAGAAAAAAUCAUGUUUGAUUGAAAUCAACAUUUUGGGGGGUAUUUCCUUGACAACCACCCUCCAGUUGGCGAUAAGCACAGUCAGCUUUGAUGUCAGUUAGUGACUACCAUUGCAGUCUGGAAUGUUCCAUCUCUACUCUACUUCAUCACAUAUGUAUCAUCUGUUACUGAGCCCCUGCUAAAUUCAUUCUCGCUGUAUCUAGGACUCAAUAUUAAUUUCUCUUCAAUUAAUUGUUCACUUGCAAUUUUGAGUGGGACAGUUAUUACAAUGUCUCUAAAUGUAAUAUUGACACGUUAAUCUACACUGAAUAAAAAUAUAAACGCAACAUGUAAUGUGUAAGUUCCAUG